GCGAAGAGGGGCUGCAGAACACACAGAACGAAUAUAUAACCAUGGCAACAGCAGCAGCAGCAUCACAGGCACGAGACGCUGGGAUAUAACGCUGCAUCUUUCUAUCCGCAAACAGCGGCUGAACUCCGAUGAAGGACUCGCGCUGGACCCAAAGCCUCUGCAGACAUCACUGCUAAGGUGAUGAGUGGGACUAUAUCAUGUCUGAAGUACAGGGAACGCUGGAGUUUUCUGUAGAACUGCACAAGUUUCACAAUGUGGAUCUUUUUCAAAGGGGGUUCUAUCAGAUAAGAGCGGCACUCAAAGUUUCACCUCGAGUGCCCCACAGACUGACCGUGACAACCAACGACAAUGCAGAAGAGUGCAGCUUCAGCUCAGCGGGGGUGUACGACGGCAGCGUCUUCAGCCGGAUAUUUCAGAUUCUUUACAGAAAUGAGGAGAUUGCUGUUAAUGACUGCAUGAUCUUCAAAGUCCACCUGCUACUGGAUGGAGAAAGGCUGGAGGAAGCCUUGAGUGAAGUGGACUUUCAGCUGAAGUUGGAUCUUCACUUCACUGACAAUGAGCAACAGCUGGCAGAUAUAGUGACGGUUCCGUUGAUCAGCAGUCGGACCCUAAGCCUCCACUUCCAUCCGCGGCGAGGCCUUCACCAUCACGUCCCAGUCAUGUUUGACUACUUCCACUUGUCUGUCAUUUCUGUCUCUGUGCAUGCUUCACUGGUUGCCUUACAUCAGCCACUGAUCAGCUUUGCACGCACAGGGAAGGGCUCCUGGCUGGGGAAAGGCUCGCCAGAGAGCGUGAGCGACCCAUCUGCUGUUUCUGUAGAGAACCUUGUGUUCGGAGCUGGCUACUGCAAGCCUGUUAUCUCUGAGGGAAGCUUUUAUGUGCCCAGUGAAAACUGCCUGCAGAGAGCCCAUACGUGGCAUCGGAGGCUCUGUCGCCUUCUGCUGGCGGCUCACAGAGGACUGCAUGCCUACUGCAGCACACUGGCGGAGGAGAUCCCACAGCUCCAGCAGGUUCCAUUAGAAUCAGAGGUGCUGCCUGUAGAAGAAAUCCUAAAUCAGCUCUCCAUAGAGUUACAGUUGCAGGAAGGCCAUGAGAAAGUAGCCGAGCAGAUCAGCAGGGACGUGAGCCAGCUAUGCUCCCAGCUGGCUGAGCUGUGGAGCCAUUUCCUGGAAGUCGCCGUGCUCAACCCCUACAUCCUGUCCUAUCUGACCCAGGAGCAUCACACGCUUAGGGUGAGAAGGUUCUCAGAGGCAUAUUUCUUCACUCAACACCCAAAAGAGGUCUGUCUGACAUUUCAAGAAGAGCUAAUCAACAGACAUGGCAAGAUAGCUGGAGAAGUCCGUAGCUCAUACUACUUGACCAAAAUGCCUCCUUUACCUGUCGAGUGCCUGGACAUUGAUGGAGACUGGAAUAGUUUGCCCAUCAUCUUUGAGGACAGAUAUGCUGAUUCUCUGCAGACAGAAGCUGUAUCACAUGUGCCAACUAGAGACAGAAUUGGCUUACAGUCACCCGUCCAGUGUCCUGCUCAAAGGAUUCUUCAUAGCAGCAUUGAAGCCAUAUCGCCAGCGUUAUCCCAGCAUUCCAUGGAGACUGAAGAAUGCAGGGAGCUGCCUGAGCAUAACCCAGACAUAGCGAAUUGUAGUCCAAAUAACAUUGUCUGUAGCAGUGCUCUAAACCCAGCAGAGCAGAGUCUGGAACAUUCUGAGGUUCCAGAACAGAACUUAAAGGAACCAGAAGAAAGUCAAGGCACUGAUACGGCUACAUAUAUUAAAGAUGAUCCUUCCUCUAAAAUUAAUCUCCUCACUGAUUGUACGAACAGUGGUAAGGAAUCUCCUGUUCUCGAUGGAAAAGAAAAUAUCUCUAUACCCUUUGAUAGUAACAUUAGUGCAACAAAAGAAGAAGAAAACACUGAAGAGGACAGCGACAGCGCUUUACCAUUGAAUCAGUCUAUUGACGAUGACAGCGAAGACGCUCCCAUGAACAGCCUGCUGACCUCCACUGUUAGUCCUGCUCUACUGCCGUUAGCAGGAGACAUCAGAAGAGAAAUUACUCCCAGUGGAGGUUUAAGAAGCUCAAAGAUCAUGAAGCGGUCAUCAUCUGUAAUUUCAGAUUCGGGUAUUGAAAGCGAGCCCAGUUCGGUGGCAUGGCCGGUGGAAGCUGCACUUCGUGAACGACCAUCUCUAGAUUUUUCUAGUGAGCGGGAGAUCCCAAAGCAAAUGGUGAUCGACCACCCAGUCCAUCGCAGCUGCCUGGAAGGCCUGCGAAUGGAGAGCAACAGCAGCCUACCGAGUGGAGGCAUACAGGCCUCCCUUACCUCAAUUAGCUCGUUGCCUUACGAAGAGGACCAGCAACAGAGGAAACUCAGCAAACUGACCAAGUCUGUCUCUGCACCGCAAAUAAGUAGCCCCGAAGAUGCAGAGGAAGAUAAGGUUCUUAUCAGUUUGGAAAAAGAAAGAAUGAGAGCAGUACAGCACCAGGAUUUUCUUACUAUGAACACUAAAACGGCAUUAGAGCAGCCAGAGUUGCCUCCGCUCAGCAUAAACACCGACCACAUUGAUAUGGACAUGGGCUCUACAAAUUCAAACUCUCAGCAGGAUCUGCCAGAGACCUGCAGAAGAAAGUCGGUGUUAAGUGGUGCGUCUGAUGUGUUACUUUCCCCAAGCUCUAGAGAAAAGCUUUUUGUACAGAAGAGUGUUGUCAUUGAAAGCAGUUUGGAUGAAAAUAAACAUCAAUCACACCUGAGUAGAGAAAGUGCUUCGGUGGAAGAUGUGCAUCUCCAGGAAUCAGAAAUAUCUCCCUGUAGCUGCCAAAACAAACCAUGUGUGUGUGAAAAUCCACCGGAGCAGGACAGAAGUAGCUGCAAAGAUGAUCGCCAGAGUUUUCAUCAGAGUGAGCAGGGAGACAUUGAUGAAGGAAGUCUCAAUCCUUCACAGAUGCCCCUGAAAUCGUCACAGUCCAACAAUCUUACCAGCAGGAGCAACAUCAGACCAAGUGACCUCACAGGGCUGAAGGCCAUGGAAAUAACAUCACCUGCUACCCUCAAUAGAGCAUCAACAAGUGAUAAAGAUCCUUUGGACUGUCAGAAUAAACCCUCGAGAAUUCCCAACUCCGGCUUGGCCUUUGUGAAUAAGAAGAUGGUGGAGGUGGUAAACAUGUCGGUGUCCUGUGCUCCGACUUGUCUGCCGUUUUCUUCCGUCCUGAGAGACUCUCCUUCUAUCAGUGGAAUAUCUGCUCGGCAAAGUUCCUCACCAAUUACCCAUCAGCCACUGGGCUCCUUCGGUAUCAUCUCCUCAUCUUCACACAGCCCCUUAACCAUGGAUCAGGAAACCAACGAACGGAUGCUGAAUUUCUACAAAGCCAAAGACGACCUUCUGAAAGAAUUAAAGUUCCAGGCUAGCUUGUACAGCGACGUUCCUCUCCUCGCGUCAGAUCUGCCCUACUUUCCUCCUGAGGAAGACGAUGAGGAGUUCGAAGAUGGCAUACAUCUUGUAGUUUGUGUCCACGGGCUCGAUGGUAACAGCGCAGACCUGCGUCUGGUCAAGACCUUCAUCGAGCUGGGUCUGCCGGGAUCCAGGCUUGACUUUCUUAUGUCUGAGAGGAAUCAGGCGGAUACGUUUGCGGAUUUCGACACCAUGACAGACAGGCUCCUGGACGAGAUUAUUCAGCAUAUCCAGCUGUACAAUCUCACCAUUGGUAGGAUAAGCUUCAUCGGCCACUCUCUGGGCAACGUCAUCAUCCGGUCCGUACUGACGAGGCCCCGCUUCCGCUGCUACCUGCCCAAGCUGCACACUUUCCUCUCGCUGUCCGGCCCACACCUGGGAACGCUGUACAACAACAGCACAUUGGUCAGCACAGGUCUUUGGGUGAUGCAGAAGUUGAAGAAAUCUGGAUCCUUGCUGCAGCUGACAUUCAGAGACCACGUUGAUCCACGGAAAACAUUUCUCUACCUCCUGAGUCAGAAACCAGGGCUGCAGUACUUCAAGAACGUGGUGCUGGUCGCGUCACCUCAGGACCGAUAUGUUCCUUUCCACUCAGCCAGGAUAGAGAUGUGCACAACUGCCCUGAAAGACAGAACUACAGGGCCUGUUUACACAGAGAUGAUCAACAACCUCCUUCAGCCAGUUGUGGAGGCCAAGGAGUGCCGACUGAUCCGGCAGAACGUGUUUCAUGCCCUACCGAACACAGCAAACACCCUGAUCGGCCGCGCCGCCCACAUCGCCGUCCUGGACUCUGAGCUGUUCCUGGAGAAGUUCUUCUUGGUAGCGGGUCUCGACUAUUUCAAAUAGAAGUGGAAGCACCACUGAUUAACCAAUACCUAUGCUCACAACGGCUUGAAGCUGGAGGGUACAGACCUCACUGUUACUGUAUACAUGUACAUAUUAGGAAUGUAAAAAAAAAACC